AUACACGCUUUGAUGUUGUGUUACGUGACAUGCAGAUCGAAGACAAGGUAGAGAACGUUUCGUCCGUGAGUUCGUCCUCAGAAGGUCCGCUAUCAAGUGGAAACCAGCUUCGGACUGCAGUUUUGGCGGUAGGAUAUGGCAACAGAUGCAAGCGGAGAAAUACCGUCGACGUGUUUCACAGCAGGAGGUUGUUGGUGUUAAACAACUUAGUGGAUGCCCUUUAUGCUUCUCCGGUCUUGACCAAUGCAAAAGCUGUCAGGUUGCAUCCUGCCGAUCGCUCGGUUGCCAUGGAUCUUCCGAACCCCCACUCGCACAGUGCAUUAAGCAUAAAGACAAUACACUAUGUUUUCCGUGCCUUGAAGAGCAGGGGUCCAAGAGGGAGCUAGAAAAAUGUCCUGGGUGCAAAUCUUGGUGCUGUGCCACGGAUAUAAACUCGUGUAUUGGGCAUCCCGCUACCACACCCUCAGUUUCUCGCGCAUCCUCCAUUGAACAGUUUCUGCGUGCGAUGACUACCUGCUCCCAAUCAACUAGCGUCCACCCUCCCAAGGGCGGUUCCUGCAGUCAAUGCAAGCAGCCGGGAUGGCGGAAAUGCCGAGGAAACGGAUGUUGGUCAAAUGGCAAUGUGAUCUGCCCAGAAUGUACCAGUGGUGGUACCACGUGUAUGUGUCAGAAAGUAUGGGCAUGCGAUAUCUGCGCGGAGCACGACAGUCGCAUCUUUAUCCGCUGCCCGCGCUGUGACAGGCCGUUUUGCACCUCUUGCACCUAUAUCGACCAAUGCAAACGGUGCUUACGUGUUACCCUCUGCUAUGACUGCGUUGAAGAAGCGUCGGAUGCGGAUGACUUUGAGGAUGCAGAUGACGCAGAUGACGGGGCAGUAGAAACGUUUGCCAAACUCACCGGGACAUGCGAAAGCUGUGGGGUCAGGGUAUGCGAUCGCUGCGCGCCAAUUAAAGCCUCGUGGUUUUCAUGCCCGGGAUGCCUGGCGAUGAAGAACCGUCGUAAUGCGCUAGGCCAACGUGAUUAUAAUUAUUUCAGAUUUUUAAGCGAUAUCCAGUGAUUGGAUGUUUAAUGCUGCUCUAUUGCUGGUGAACCGGAGCCAUGAUUAGAGAUGAAUAGAAGUACGAAUGGAUUGAGGUUUCUUUUGUUCUAAUCACACAUUGUGUGCAGCGCUAGGACUCUUAUCUAGGUCAACCCCCAAUGGUCAGAUCUCAGCAAUCACAAGGGACUGCGAACUGAAACCGUCGU